UAAUAUCGUAUUAUAAUAUAUUUUUGUGAUGGUAUUGUAUCGUGAUAUCAUAUUGCGAUAUUGUAGUCUAUUUGUGAUAUCGUAUCGUAAUAUCUUUUUGUGAUAAUAUCGUAUCCUGAUAUCGUAAUAUCUUUUCGUGAUAAUAUUGUAAUAUCUUUUUUUUUUGAUAGUACUGUAUUGUGAUAAUGUAUCGUGAUCUCUUUUUGUGAUAAUAUCGUAUUGUGAAAUCUUAAUAUAGUUUUGAGAUGAUAUCGUAUCUUAAUAUCUUUUCGUGAUCUUUUUGUGAUAAUACUGUAUCUUGAUAAUAUCGCAAUAUCUUUUUUGUGAUAAUAUUGUAUCUUGAUAAUUGUAUCGUAAUACCUUUUUUCGAUAAUAUCGAAACGUAAUAUCUUUUUGUGAUAUCGUAUCAUAUUGUAUCUUGACAAUAUUGUAUUGUGAUAUCGUAAUAUCUUUUUGUGAUAAUAUUGUAUCAUGAUAUCGUAAUAACGUUUUGGGAUAUCGUAUCGUGAAUAUAUUGUUUUGUGAUAAUAUUAUAAUAUCUUUUUUUGAUGGUAUUGUAUCGUGAUAUCGUAUCGUGAUAAUAUUGUAUCGUGAUAUUGUAUCGUCAUAAUAUAAUGUUCUUCAGCUUCUAUAGGUUCACAGGAUGUGCCAAAAGUCAUGGGACACACAUUAAUCCUUGUCUAUCACAGAUCCCCCUGUUUUAGAGAACUCGCUCUGUUAUUAGAGCAGCUGUUUAUAAUUAGAGUUUAUACGGUUUGAUCUGUAUAAAGAUAAAUAUGUGACGUGAAUCACUGAAGCCGUUUUAAAUUUUUAGCUAUAGUCAGCAAUAAGCCGAGACGGUGAGGCCGGAGAUCUGGACAUAAAAUCAGUGAUUUUUUUUUCAGUAUCUUGUUGUAAAUGGCUGGAAGAGUCCCGGCGGAACCGGAGCCAGAUCGGGUUUGGAGUCGAGACGACUUGGCCUGAGAAUCCUGGAGAAAAGGUCAUUUAAGGAAACAAACAAAACCAGACGGACCUUCGGAGAGAAACACAAACGAGGGCCGCUCUGAUUGGCCGCUUUCCGAGGCGGAGGGCUCUGGUUGGCUGGCGGUCAAUCAUUAAACACCCACACUGUCAAUAGUGGGACCCUCGUGGUGGGUAUAUAGGCGGCGGCGCUGCAGCUGGACGCAACAGACCCAUCAAGUUGAAAUUUCAUCAACUGCUGCUGUUUUUCUGCAAGCACCCUUUUUUUUAACGUCAAGAAAGCUGUAAAAUUACACAAGGGGACCAUGGUCAUGCUGAAGAUCUCUGCUUUCCUCGUUGCCUACGCUUUGAUCAUCUGUCAGAUGUACAGCUCAAACGCAGCUCCAUCCAGGCCAGCUCUGGAGCCGUCGCCGGAUGAAGCGGCGCUCAGUGAUUACGAGGCGAGACGGUUACUAAACGCCAUCAUUAAAGAGUUCGUGCAGAUGACUGCAGAAGACCUGGAGCAGCAGGAACCUGAAGAGAACAGUGUUACAGCACAGAAGCGAGCCUGUAACACGGCCACAUGCGUGACCCACCGCCUCGCCGACUUCCUGAGCCGCUCAGGAGGAAUCGGAAACAGCAAGUUCGUCCCGACCAACGUGGGUUCUCACGCGUUCGGCCGACGAAGGAGACUCAGUCAGGAGUAGAUGUGUAAUUGGACCUUAGCAAUAUGGUCACCCGUUUAUACAUCCAUAGCUCUGGUCAAGCGAGAAGAGAACCCAUACCCCCCCACCUGCAUCCAGAACCCUGGGAAUGGACCUUCCACCAAUCCACCCCCCCCGUCAGAAUGGACUCCUGUUUACUGCACUGAUCUGUAGAACCCAACCCAACCCUCAAAAACUCAAAAAACACUGUCAGCUCAUCCUCAGACACUGUCACAUUCAUCCCUGCUCAUCCCCGCUCAUCAAUGCUCUUUAAAAGGCAGAAAAAAAUAUUUAAAAUAAAAUAAGAACAAAAAAACAGAAAAAAAGAAAGAAAGUUUUAGAAAAGUUUUGCAUCCAUUUAAAAUGUGAUCAUACACUCAUCUUUCUGAUCUUUCUGCUCAUCUGAUAUAAAGAGAAAGUGGAGGGAGAGUGGACCCUUCAUUAUCAUUCCUUUAAUUCGUAAUUCUUUGUGGUUUUUGGGCGUUUUUGAGCGAGAGCACAUGGCGGUGGUGUACAGUACGCUUUUCUGUUUGGGCCCAUGUUUCCUCUCCUGUGUCUCCUCAGCACAUUAACGCAGUGAUGUGGGGGUGAACAUUAAAGCAGUGCCUGGUAAAAAGGCUUCCCUGACUAUGGACUAUGUGUCUUGUGCCUUGAUGUAAAACCACUUUACAUGAUGCUGUUGUACAGAAUGUCUGACGCAAACGAGGGAGGAACAAUCAAAUGACUUACAAAUUGUAACAAUUGUGAAUCUGAGCAAGAUUAAAAUGUAUUUUAGAUACAUA